UCAUGAAUAGAUAUCAUCUUUGUCAAAGGGUUAGCUGUACAAUAUAAGCGGAAUAUCCACGAAUGCUUUCGCGUUGAAGGAUGCGUUAUAAAACCAUAAAGUAGCACAAUUUAUUGAUCUUACUCACAGUUGCUCCAUUUUCUCUCCGCCUUGCGUAAUGGAGGAAAGCCUACCUCCUGGGUUCAGAUUCCAUCCGACAGAUGAAGAGCUCAUCACAUACUAUCUGACAAGGAAGGUGUGUGAUACAGGCUUCACAUCCAAAGCCAUAGCAGUUGUUGAUCUCAACAAGAAUGAACCUUGGGAUCUUCCAGGAAAAGCAUCGAUGGGAGAGAAGGAAUGGUAUUUCUUCAGCGUGAGAGAUAGGAAGUACCCGACGGGGCUGAGAACGAACAGGGCGACGGAAUCAGGGUACUGGAAAACAACAGGCAAAGACAAAGAGAUAAUGAGGGAAGGGGCGCUGGUUGGGAUGAAGAAGACACUGGUGUUCUACAAGGGUAGAGCUCCCAGGGGUGAGAAAAGCAAUUGGGUUAUGCAUGAAUACCGCCUCCACAAUAAGCACUCCUUUAGGGCUUCCAAGGAAGAAUGGGUGGUGUGCAGGGUGUUCCAGAAAAGCUCAGCGGCAAAGAAAAUACAACAGACGUCAUCCUCACAACUAUCUCUGGACUCUCCUCCUGAUAAUACCUCUUUGCUCAAUGACUUCCCUGACGUUGACCUCCCAAAUUUAAACACCAUCGCUCCAAAUUCAUCAACUGCCUUCACCACCAUGUCCUCCGAUGAUGUCAAUACCAAUAUGAACUUAACCAUGAACUGGCCUCCCGCAUCUCUUCCAUCCCUCCCCUGGCCUUCUGGCUUGCUCAAUCCAAACCUUUCUGUGAAUUCCUUGCUUCUCAAGGCACUACAGCUUCGCACUUGUCAACAAAGAGAAAUUGCUUCUUACAUGCCGCCUCACGGAGUUUCUCAUCAUCAACUAAUGGGGACUGAUCAUCUCCCUCCAAAUUUCACACUCGAUGCUUCUUCCUCGUCAAAGGUUUUGGAGAUGCCGCAGCAACAGCAGCAUCAGCAGGAGCAACCGUUCAAUCUGGACUCCAUUUGGUGAAAUUUUAAGGUGCCUAAUUGCUUAAAGGAUGAAGCUAACAUUAAUGUGUACGUAAACCUCCCUCCUUGUUAAUGUCCACUUAAAUGACUCAGCCCCAGUUGUUGUACGUAUAGUUCCAGCGAAAAUAGGGUACAUGCGGUAGUCCACUGUUAGGGAGUAAAAUCUCCUCCCUCAUUCAGAUGCUUUUAUAUGUUUCAGUGACGACUUUGAAAAAAAUCUCAAGAAAAAUAUCACUUAACCUGUCUGUACAAUAAAUGCAAGCCUUCUGUUGGAUCUCA